AUGAACCACCACCAUCACCACACGCAGCAGCAGCAGAAAGCCGGCGAGCAGCAGCUCAGUGAACCGGAGGAUAUGGAAAUGGAAGCUGGGGACACCGAUGACCCUCCAAGAAUUCCAGCCAACCCAGUAAUCAAUGGUAACAUGGCCAUGGCGGACGGACACAACAAUACAGAAGAGGAUAUGGAGGACGACACCAGCUGGCGGUCAGAAGCUACCUUUAGGUUUGUCGUGGAGCGCUUCAGUCGUCUCAGUGAGUCAGUUCUCAGCCCGUCCUGCUUUGUCCGCAACCUCCCAUGGAAGAUCAUGGUGAUGCCACGCUUCUACGCCGAUCGACCACACCAGAAGAGUGUGGGCUUCUUCCUGCAGUGUAAUGCUGAAUCAGACUCUACGUCAUGGUCGUGCCAUGCACAGGCUAUGCUAAAGAUCAUUAACUAUAAAGAUGACGAGAAGUCAUUCAGUCGCAGGAUUGGUCACCUGUUCUUCCACAAAGAAAACGACUGGGGCUUUUCCAACUUUAUGUCCUGGAGUGACGUCACUGACCCAGAAAGGGGCUUUAUCGAUGAUGACAAAGUCACAUUUGAAGUUUACGUCCAGGCAGAUGCCCCACAUGGAGUGGCCUGGGACUCAAAGAAACACACAGGCUAUGUUGGACUCAAGAACCAAGGAGCAACCUGCUACAUGAACAGCCUGCUACAGACACUCUUCUUCACUAACCAACUACGUCGGGCAGUGUACAUGAUGCCAACAGAGGGAGACGACUCAUCCAAGAGUGUUCCUCUGGCAUUGCAGAGGGUUUUUUAUGAGCUACAACACAGCGACAAGCCAGUCGGUACCAAGAAACUCACAAAGUCUUUCGGGUGGGAAACCCUAGAUAGUUUCAUGCAGCAUGAUGUUCAAGAGCUGUGCAGGGUGCUCCUUGACAAUGUGGAGAAUAAAAUGAAAGGCACCUGCGUUGAGGGAACGAUCCCUAAACUCUUCAGGGGAAAGAUGGUGUCGUACAUCCAGUGUAAGCAUGUGGACUACCGAUCAGAGCGGAUAGAGGAUUACUACGACAUUCAGCUUAGCAUAAAAGGAAAGAAAAACAUCUUUGAGUCAUUUAAAGAUUAUGUGGCAACUGAACAGUUAGAUGGAGACAACAAAUAUGAUGCGGGAGAACAUGGCCUGCAGGAAGCUGAGAAAGGAGUGAAGUUUCUCACUUUCCCACCAAUCCUUCACCUGCAGCUGAUGAGGUUCAUGUAUGACCCACAGACUGACCAAAACAUCAAGAUUAAUGACAGGUUUGAGUUUCCAGAUCAAUUACCUCUGGAUGAGUUCCUUCAAAAGCCCGAUACCAAGGACCCGGCCAACUACAUCCUGCACGCCGUUCUCGUACACAGCGGGGACAACCAUGGCGGUCACUACGUCGUCUAUCUUAACCCCAAAGGAGACGGCAAAUGGUGCAAGUUUGAUGAUGACGUGGUGUCACGCUGCACCAAAGAGGAGGCCAUUGAGCACAACUAUGGCGGACAUGACGAUGAUCUCUCUGUUCGCCACUGCACCAAUGCAUACAUGUUGGUGUACAUUCGGGAGUCCAAGCUCAGCGAGGUGCUCCUACCCAUGACUGACGUGGACAUACCCCAGCAACUGGUGGAGCGUCUACAGGAGGAGAAGAGGGUGGAAGCCCAGAAGAGGAAGGAGCGUCAAGAGGCUCACCUCUACAUGCAAGUUCAGAUGGUGACAGAGGACCAGUUCUGUGGUCAUCAGGGCAAUGACAUGUAUGAUGAGGAGAAGGUGAAGUACACUGUCUUCAAAGUCCUGAAGAGCUCCUCCUUGCAAGAGUUUGUUCAAAACCUCUCCCAGACCAUGGGUUUUCCACAGGAGCAGAUGAGGUUGUGGCCCAUGCAAGCCCGGAGCAACGGAACUAAGCGGCCCGCUAUGCUCGACUAUGAGGCUGACUGCAACAAGUCUAUGAUUGCCUUGAGUGACAAUGAGAAUCCAUGGACAAUAUUUCUGGAGACUGUGGAUGCCGAACUAGCAGCCAGUGGGGCCACGUUACCGAAGUUUGACAAAGACCGUGAUGUCAUGCUUUUCUUGAAAAUGUAUGACACUAACACAAGAAGCUUAAAUUAUUGUGGACAUAUCUACACGCCUAUAUCCUGCAAAAUCCGAGACCUGCUACCAGUCAUGUGUGAGCGAGCAGGCUUUCAGCAGGAAACUAGCCUUAUCCUCUAUGAGGAAGUAAAGCCCAAUCUAACAGAGCGGAUUCAGGACUAUGAUGUCUCUCUGGACAAGGCCCUGGAUGAACUCAUGGACGGGGACAUCAUUGUCUUCCAGAAGCACGACCCUGAGAACGACAGUGAGCUGCCAACGGCCAAGGAAUAUUUCCGGGACCUCUACUACCGAGUAGAUGUCAUUUUCUGUGACAAGACCAUCCACAAUGACCCGGGCUUUGUGGUCACGCUCUCCAACCGCAUGAACUAUUUUCAGGUGGCGAAGACGGUAGCCCAAAGGUUGAACACAGAUCCCAUGCUGCUGCAGUUCUUUAAGUCACAGGGGUACAGGGACGGUCCAGGGAAUCCUCUCAGACACAAUUAUGAGGGAACGCUGCGGGACCUGCUGCAAUUCUUUAAGCCUCGGCAGCCCAAGAAACUCUACUAUCAGCAGUUGAAAAUGAAGAUCACAGACUUCGAGAACAGGAGGAGUUUUAAAUCCAUAUGGCUCAACAGCCAAUUCAGAGAGGAGGAGAUCACCCUCUACCCUGACAAGCACGGUUGUGUUCGCGACCUGUUGGAUGAAUGUAAAAAGGCAGUGGAGCUCUCUGAAAAGGGCUCUGAGAAGCUCAGGCUGUUAGAGAUAGUAAGCUAUAAAAUCAUCGGGGUUCACCAGGAGGACGAGCUCCUAGAAUGUUUAUCUCCGGCUGCCAGUCGCACCUUCAGAAUAGAGGAGAUCCCGGUGGACCAGGUGGAUCUGGAUAAGGACAGCGAACUGCUAAUCCCUGUCGCUCAUUUCCACAAGGAGGUCUUUGGCACAUUUGGGACCCCCUUCUUGCUCAAAAUCAGACAGGGUGAGUCGUUUCGGGAAGUCAUGAGGAGGAUCCAGACCAUGUUGGACAUCCAAGAGAAAGAAUUUGAGAAGUUCAAAUUUGCCAUUGUGAUGAUGGGCCGACAUCAAUACAUCACUGAAGACGAGUACGAGGUCAAUCUGAAGGACUUUGAACCGCAGCCAGGAAACAUGUCGCACCCUCGCCCCUGGCUUGGCUUGGAUCAUUUCAACAAAGCUCCAAAGAGAGGUCGCUACACCUACCUGGAGAAAGCAAUCAAAAUCCACAACUAA